AUGUUUGAUUUUAUUCCAGAAGAAGCAGUUUGGGCAAUUUUAAUUAUUGUUAUAAUUUAUCUUUUAAAAGUUAUAUUAUCACCAGCAAAAGAUUAUGUUCCAACUAAAGUUGUACAAAAACCAGUUUACGAAAAAAGAGAUUAUUCAUUAGAGGAAAUUAAAGAUUUUAAAGGAAUUGAUGAAACAAAACCAAUUUUCAUCGCAAUUAAAGGUAAAAUUUAUGAUGUAACUGCAAAGAAAUCAACUUAUGGUCCAGGUGGCUCAUAUCAUUUAUUUGCAGGAAAUGAUGCUACAGUCUGUUUGGCCAAAAGUUCAUUCGAAGAAUCUGACAUUAAUCAACCAUGGACAAAUCAAUCAUUAGAUGAUUUAACUGCAGAUCAAAAAGAUUCACUUAAAAAUUGGAUUGAUUUCUUUAGUGAAAGAUAUACUUUAGUUGGAAAUGUUAAAGAAUAA